AUGGCCACCUCUGCCAGCCUGCUGCUGCUGCUGCCGCUGCUGCUAAGCCAGCCCUGGCUGGAGGCUGGCGCUGACACCCAGGCCGUGGUGUGCGCGGGCACUGCCUGCUACUCAGCCCACUGGGGCAAGCUGACUGCCGCCGAGGCCCAGCUUCUCUGCAACAAGGAUGGGGGCAACCUGGCCACCGUGAGGACUGAGGAGGAGGCCCGGCACAUCCAGAGAGCACUGGCCCAGCUCCUACAGCCCGGGGCGCCCUGGACAGGCAAGUUCUGGAUAGGACUCCAGCGAGAAAAGGGCAGGUGCUUGAACCCCAAUCUGCCUCUGAGGGGCUUCAGCUGGGUGGGCGGUGGGGAGGACUCACUUUAUUCCAACUGGUACAAGGAGCCCAGGACCACUUGCAUCUCCAACCGCUGUGCGUCCCUGAUGCUGGACCCGUCCCUCUCUUCCCUCUCAGGCCACCUCCCCAAGUGGUCUGAGGGCCCCUGUGGGAACCCAGGCUCCCCUGUAAGCAACAUCGAGGGCUUCGUGUGCAAGUUCAGCUUCAAAGGCAUGUGCCGGCCCCUGGCCCUGGGUGGCCCAGGCCAGGUGAACUACUCGACCCCUUUCAAGGCCACCAGCUCCUCCUUGGAGGCCGUGCCCUUCGCCUCGGUAGCCAACGUGGCCUGUGGGGCCGGGGGUGAAGGUAGGCAGCAUUUCUUCCUGUGCAAGGAGAAGGCCACCGAUGUGUUCGACUGGGGCAUCUCGGGACCCCUCUGUGCCAGCGCUGAGUACAAGUGCAGCUUCAAUAAUGGGGGCUGCCAGCAGGAAUGCUUCGACGGGGAGGAUGGCUCCUUCCGCUGCGGCUGCCGCCCGGGGUUCAGGCUGCUGGAUGACCUGGUGACCUGUGUCUCCCGGGACCCUUGUAGCUCCAGCCCGUGCAGAGGAGUGGCCACAUGCGUCCCCGACUCCCUCUGGAAAAACUACACGUGCCAGUGCCCCGAAGGCUACCAGCUGAACGUGACUCAGAGGGACUGUGUAGACGUGGACGAGUGCCAGGCAUCCCCCUGUGAGCAGGAGUGUGUCAACACCCCGGGGAGCUUCCAUUGCCAGUGCUGGGUGGGCUACGAGCCCGGCGGCCCCAGAGAGAAGGCCUGUCGGGAUGUGGAUGAGUGUACGAGCCCCGAGGGCGGUCUCUGUGAAGGCUACUGCCUCAACACGGAAGGAUCCUUCCACUGCACCUGCUUGCCAGGCAGCGAGCUGGCCCCCGAUGGGGUCUCCUGUAUCCCAGGCCCCACGUCCUUGGAACCAUCUGCCGAGACCUCCCAGGGGCAGAACACAGGAGACAGAGAGGGGAGCCUCAUGCCUUCCACCACAACCUCAAGUCCCAUUGGGGGCCCUGAGGGCACUUCCAAGGUGACACCCACCAGGUGGAGACCCAUCCUUGAAUCCAAUGCCUCUAUCGCCCCUACAUCACCCCAGUCUCUGACCACCAGCGGGUCCCCAGGAAUCUGGAUGGAGCACAGCAGCCAUCACCCCACGGCCACCACUGGUCACGAGGAGUCCACCGAUGGAGAUCUCAUUGCCCAACCAAGGAAUGACGGCCCCGACUGGCAAAAGCUGCUUUUGUUCUAUAUCCUCGGCACUGUGGCGGCCAUCUUACUCCUGCUGGCUCUGGCCCUGGGGCUGCUGGUCUACCGCAAGAGGAGAGCCAAGAGGGAGGAGAAGGAGAAGAAGCCUCAGAGCGCGGCAGACAGCUACUCCUGGGUUCCGGAGAGAGCUGAGAGCAGGGCCAUGGAGAACCAGUACAGUCCAACCCCUGGGACAGACUGCUGA